UGGAAGUAUCGGAACAGAAACAACAACUCACAUCUCUCUAACACUAAACACCCUUUUGUUCUGUUUGGGCUUCUUCUCUCAGAUUUCUCAGACCAAAACCAAAGCUCUCCUCUUGGAUCUCAUCGCCCCUUGUCCCCAUCCCUACAAAGCCACCACCACCUCCAUUAAUCCCCCAUUUCAAUUUCAGAUCCCAUCCCCCAUUCCCCUUAAACACUCUUCUCUUUUUGCUCUUGAGCUCAAAAUGGCUUCUUUCACUGUCCCCUGUCCCAAAGCUUGUUCUGCCCCAAUUGUUCGACUUGGGUCUCAGCCCUCACAGCCCCACCAGCACCUCCUCUCCUUCCACAACUGCCUCAAUCGGUCUUCCUUGCCGUCUCUUCAAGCUUCUGCUCUUCAGAGCAACGUUAAGAAGCAAUCUGGUGCUUGGAAGGUGCAUGCACUCAGUAAGGUCACUGCAGAGAAGCCUGCAGAUUCUGCACCCAUAAAUAACACCAAGUCUGAAGAUGAGUCUGCUGAAAAGGUUUCAAACAGUAUUCCAGAUGCGUCAUCAAUCUCAGCAUUUAUGGCCCAAGUAUCAGACCUCGUCAAGUUAGUGGAUUCUAGAGAUAUUGUGGAGCUGCAGAUGAAGCAACUAGAUCUAGAGCUCGUAAUAAGAAAGAAGGAAGCCUUGGAGAAGCCAGCACCACAAGCUCCUGUUGCAUCGGCACCACCACCAUAUCCUUAUCCUAUGCAGUAUGGCCCACCACCACCAGCCCCAGCAGCUGCUCCUGCUCCAGCAAGCCCAGCUCCAGCAGCGUCAGCACCUGCAUUACCUGCCCCAGCAAAGCCAAGUGCCUCAGCUCACCCACCGCUGAAGUGCCCUAUGGCUGGAACCUUUUACCGUAGUCCUGGACCUGGUGAACCACCUUUUGUCAAGGUAGGAGAUAAAGUACAGAAAGGUCAAGUGAUUUGCAUCAUUGAGGCCAUGAAGUUGAUGAAUGAAAUUGAGGCUGAUCAAUCUGGAACCAUAGUUGAGGUAAUUGCUGAGGAUGGAAAACCAGUGAGCGUAGACACGCCUCUUUUCGUCAUAGCACCCUGAGCAGAUAGGGAAGACUUUUGUAUAAGGUUUAUGGUGACAAACACUGUUUAAAGAUGCUUGAUUCUCGACGGACUUUUUGAUACUAAAAUGUUGCCUGUAUUUUAAAUCAGAAUAAUGGUGUUUCGAUUCUCGUGGAAAUCCUCGUUAUUCACAUUUUUAGUGUUUUAGGGUAGAGCGUGCUGCAGAGAAAGAUGUUGGGCUAUGAAUUAUCUCGAAACACAAUAUUUGCGCCUCCUUAAGGAGGUGUUAGAAAGUAUGCUGUGUGACUCUGUUCUCCCUUUGCUUUGCAAGUGUAAAACCUCAAGUUAUUCUGUUGAUUUUAUAUUGCCUGGCCGUAGCCUCCAAAACAGUCGCUUUGACACAGUA